GAGUUUGUAAGCUUGUUUGUAAUACUUAAUUUCUCCUAAAACUAUUCAAAACUGUUACCAAUAGUUGAAAUAGAGCAAGAUGUCUCUCGCAGAUGAACUUUUGGCCGAUUUAGAAGAAGCUGCGGAGGAGGGUGAUGUGGACUUUAGAGAUCAUGACGAUGGAAUUGAGGAAGCAAUGGAGACAACAGACAGUUUAGACUCGGAUUCGAAGUCUGUUAAAAGCGUUGCAAAGCUCAAAGACAGUAAGCAGUUAAAUGACGUUCUUUCUGGGAUCGAAAAAUUCAGCAAUCAACCACGUGAUAAGGUGUUCGGUCCAGUUGAAGUCGACCCAGAAUAUCAGCUGAUUGUGGAAGCGAACAACCUGACAGCGGAAAUCGACAAUGAAGUUAACAUCAUUCAUAAAUAUGUUCGAGAUAUUUACUGCAAACGCUUCCCGGAGUUAGAAUCUCUUGUUCCUCAUCCAUUGGAUUACAUCCGCACUGUUGAACUUCUAGGAAAUGAUCUUGAAGCCAUCAAGGUGGACUUGACAGAUGUUUUGCCUCCAGCAACAAAAAUGGUGGUGAGUGUUACUGCUUCAACGACUCAAGGUGAAAAGCUCGAAGAAGAUGAUGUAGAGCGACUCAUGGAAGCCUGUAAAACUGUCACUGAUUUACUGGAGGCCAAGAUUAAUAUAUUUGAAUAUGUUGAGUCGAGAAUGACAUUUAUUGCACCCAAUCUAUCAAUUAUUGUUGGAGCAUCAACUGCUGCCAAGCUCAUGGGUUCAGCUGGUGGGCUUACAAGCUUGUCAAAAAUGCCGGCCUGCAAUGUCUUACUAUUGGGAUCUCAAAAGAAAACUUUGUCAGGAUUUUCUAGUGCAGCAAUCUUGCCUCAUACUGGGCAUAUUUAUUUCAGUGAUUUUAUACAGGUUUGUAUACAUAUAUAACAGUCAUUAAAACCUAGCAUUACAUGCAAGGGGAAUGGAUGGGGAGAGGAGGAAGGAGGACAGUAAAGGAAAACAUUUACUUAGGGGAAAGUCAGUUUUACAGCCUGCCAUUUGGGCAAGCUGUAGAUAUCAUGUACUAGCCCACAAGUCAUUUCAACUAGCCCCAAAACCCUUUUUGAUUGGCAGGAUUGAUAACAAUCCUUCUGUAAUUUGAAUUUCCCCAAAAAACAGCACUUGCCCGUCGGGCAAGUUAAGAACAAAAAACACUAGCCCAAUGGCAAAAUCCACUAGCCCAGGGCUAUUGGACACGACUUUCUUUGCACGUUGAUUUCCUUUUCCUCCUUUUUCUCAUUCCUCUAAAUUCUUUGUGGUGGAUGAGUUUCCUUCAUUGUUUCAACAGAACUGCCAGCUAUGUGGGCUAUAUACAGGCAAAACUCCAUGUAUGGCCACCCCUUGUAAGUGACCAGCUGCCAUAAGCAGCCACCUAUGCAAAACUGUUUUUGAAUUUCCAUUGUCCUUAAUCUCUUCUAAGCGACCACCUCAUGCAAUGUCUGAUCUGUGAGUUUGGUGUAUAUAGUUGUGUUGCUCGAGAGUAUUAAAAAAACUUUUAUAGGCAACAUAGAUUUACAUAAUAUUAUAACCUAAAAUUUGCAUACAGUGCUUUCUCUCCAAAAGCAAAUGUGUCUGCACUUCACCCCACUAACCCUUCACAGGAGGUUUGACUUUACUAUAAAGUUCACAAGGAAUAUAUGAGCAUGCAUUGGGAUCAAGAAAAGGAAGGUGCAUCAUUCAAGUAUUGGUCUUGACUUGACUCCUGUGUAAUCAGCUGUGUGAUAUCCUAGCAAAACUCAGCAUUAAAAGGAGAAAGUUGCUCAAUGUUAGCAUCCUUCUGUCUGUUUGUAUCAUCACUACAAAAACCCUGUGAAUAGAGCUGCUCCCUUCCAACGGGGAUGUUUUGCGAGAGAGAUGUCUGCACCUCAAAAAUUCCAUACUGCCUUUAUAAAUUCAUCCAGAAUCUGGUCAAGAGCUUGGACUGUUUGUAGUGGUAAUGUUGCACCCUUUCAGCUAUUGUUUAGGCAUGACAGACCAAAAACAUGAGGUCACAAAGUUAAAAUGCUGAAUUUACCUAGAAACACUCAAUUCUUAGGGACAUACUUGCUUUAAAGUAAGCAUUUGAGUCUUGCUGGCCCCGAAAUCACAGCAAAACUCAAACUAAAAUAAAUAUACAUCUGGAACCACAUGACUAACAGAUUAAUCAUAUAAUUAAUCAUACAAACCUCAAUAUUAUUCAAGUCUUCAGUACUGAGUUUUUGAGGUGUACAAUCAUGCAGAUGUCUCUCCCUGUCUGUAUUCAUAGGCUAUAAGACAGUAAGAACAGAAAAUUGAAGCCUCCAGAUAGGAAUAAUAUUAAGAUGGCCAUGAAGAAACAGUAACUUUUAACGCUAUUUUCAGCAGGAACAUUAAUAAUUUGUAUUUCUCUAUGUUUCAGAAUAUGCCUGCUGAUCUGAGAAAGAAAGCAGCAAGAAUUGUUGCAGCGAAAUGUUCCCUUGCAGCAAGAGUAGACAGCUUUCAUGAAAAUACUGAUGGAUCUGUGGGGCAGCAACUCCGAGAGAAUAUUGAAGGCAAAUUUGAUAAGUUGAUGGAACCUCCGCCACUGAAGGAAGCUAAGGCACUGCCAAGGCCCGAUGAUGCUCCUCGGAAGAAGAGAGGUGGCCGCAGGGUACGUAAAAUGAAAGAGAAAUUUGCUGUGACAGAGAUGAGGAGACAGGCCAACAGACUGGAGUUUGGUCAGAUCGGUGAAGAUGUGUAUCAGACAGACUUGGGUUUCUCUGUUGGUACGAUGGGAAGGAAGGAGAACACAGGCCGUGUGCGAACUCCUGCUGUUGACAAGAAGACACAGGUUUCCAUCUCCAAACGUCUGCAAGUAAGUACUCUCAAAGCUCUCUUAAUAGGGGCUCUUCCACAGCUCCUUUAACAAGGCUCCAUUAUUUGAUCUCUCCUCACAAAAGUCAUUUUCAUAAGCAGCCAACUCCAGUAGUGCAGACACUUUUUUUACUUCCUUAGGUUGUCCACGUAAGGGAGUCUCAAGUAUUGACAGUGUGUGAAUGCCCACACUAUAGUUGUGCACAUUGCACUCUUUAUAAGUGCACAAACAAAAUGAAACAAAAAAACAAACAAAAACAAAAUGAAAAUAUUUAAAUAGACGUAAAAAAAAUUACAAAAUGACAGAUUCAAAAUGUGUGCAGAAGAGAGCAAUGAUCAGCAACACAACAAACACACAAUUAAAAAACUGCCGUUGUAUCAUCCCUAGAUUCAAGUGAGAAAAAAACAGUAGCUAACUCAGACUGUUUUCUUGUUCUACACUCUGCAUUUGGCAUCAGUAUAAAUUAACCUUGUUGUGGGGUAUUGAACUCAUCAUUUUGUGCGUGCAUUUACUUUUUUUUUUUUCUUACUGAGCGACAGUCCCCUAAAAUAGCCAAAAUCUUGAGGACAACCUUGAAGUGUAUUACAAUUUUCAAUGCGGCUUGGUCUUCCUUUGUAAUGUAAGAAUAAUGUCUCUUGUUAUUAGCGGAGUCUUCAGCAGUCCCAGAGUUUGGGAGGACAGACAACAGUUCGACGAGGAGUUUCAGGAACAGCAUCCAGUGUGGCAUUCACCCCUCUGCAAGGAUUGGAGAUUGUCAGCCCUCAGGCAGCAGAACAGAAAGUGGAGAAUGCCAAGUAUUUCUCAAGUACUGCAGGCUUCCUGAAAGUCAAGAAACAAUGAUUUUUAGUUGAUCAGACUGUUGAACAUGUCUCUUUACCUGGAAGGAAAAGUUGGCUCCAUAUCAAAAGAAAUUGGAUUGCCAGUCCAAUGUUUUUUUGUUCUAUUUUAUUGUAGUGGAUGGCGUCCAAGUAGUACAGUACAAGGAAUACUAACUCUUAUGAGGAGUUGUGGUGUUUGCAUUGCACAGCAAUCAUGAAUGUUGUUGUAGCCUGCAAGCAUGCUCUCUGUUUGGGGGAGUUGCAAGAAGUCAUGCUAGAGAAGCAUGCAAAAGGAAAUGUGUGAGGGGCAGGGGAAGUAAGUGGCUUUUUCCUCUGCUACUCUUGCUCACACGUUCUGUCAUGGCUUGCUUCACUCACCAUAAAUGGAGAGCUUGCUGAUAGGCUAGCAUAGUUAAUGUUUCAGGAAUUGCAGAGCUCUGCGGCUGAUUGGGCUAUAACGAGUAAUUUCAACAGGAAUUUUCCUUUUUGAUUUAAAAAGGUCCUUUGAUUUUUUGUGCAGUUAUAAGUGAACUCAAUUUUCUUUGUCAAAAGUGCGUUUUCGUGCAGAAACCUAUCAGAAUGGUGGUAAAAUUUUCUCAAUUUUGAUAGAAUUAAACGUGGUUAUGGUUAUAUCAGAAGCUGCAAAUUUCCAAAUUUUCAGGGGAAGCAUGCCCAUGGACCCCCUUGAUAAUCUUGCACCUUUGGCACUCGUCGAACUUGUGCUACGCGUGAGCUAGUCCCACCAAUCCAAAAUAUGGUCCAUGGUCCCUGUGUAUGGAGUAGAGAACAUGAUUGUAAUAAAGCAGAUAUUCAUUAUUGUGUGAAAAAUAGACAGGUUUGUUUAUUAAACAGGGUUUAUAUAUGGUUCAUGUUUCAAACAAUGCCCUGCAAUCCAAAUCUCCAACUUUUUAAUGACAAUGAUUAACUUUUUCAAGCAUUUUACUUUAAAUAAUAAGAUACUCUACAUGGUGAUUGACUUUUGAAGACAUUUUAGUCCUGCUUAAGGCUGUUUACAAAAUUGUCAUUAAAUAUUACCCGUAAGUUAAGUAAUAUUACCAGUUUAGUUUUAAUAUAGUAGGCCAUUUAAUAUAGUAGGGCUCAUUUACCGAACAGCGGCUGGUAAUCGAGCCUACUGUCAUUGUGGCUCGUUAGGGCCACAAUAAUGUAAAAUAACCUGCUCACUCUGAUUUAAGCCCUGACGCCAAAGUAGUUGUCUGCGGAGGAGGCUCUACUGUAGAAAAAAUUGGAGAAG